AUGGAACGACCUCCUUCGCGGUCUUCCUAUGGAAGAACCGCUUCUCGAUCCUCAACAAGCACCACCAAUACAAGAGCUACAAUGCAUACCGCCCAUAGCGCUUUGUCUUUGUCAUAUGCUCCUGGAUCCCCCAAUUUAUCUCAGUCGCAACAUUCCCACCGGCUUUACCAUGCGACUUGCCAAAGACCAUCCAGUACCACUCCCCGAACAGCAACACGGACGCCGCGCUUGACUCGAGAAGCUAGCAGCGAGUCAACAAGACAAACCAUCAUAUCAUCAUUCCUUCAAGAGAAGCUUCAGCAAUCGCGCAUGGCCGAGAGCGACCGAUCGACGACAUGGUCGCGCAGCACUGAUGUGAACUCUUCGGGCGAAUUUAGUCGGAGCCUUGGUUCUCCCAUUAAGAAUUUGGAGGCCGAUGGACAUCGACCACAAUCCGCCGCUGGAAGUGAAUCCAAUAAAAAGAAGGGACUGGGGGUGAAGGAUAUGGAACAGGUCAUAUCGUCGCUUCACAAGAAGAACUUUGACCUCAAGCUAGAACUGUACCACCGCCGUGAACGACAGACCGCAUUAGAAGACAAGGUCGAGACUCUUGAGGUGGAAAAGUCACGAGCUGAAGAGAUGAACGACCACCUUUCAGCCGAGCUGGAGAAGCGCGACAAAGCAAUUGAGGAGGCGGUCGCUAUGAUUGUGACUCUCGAAGCCAGACUUGAGCAGUACGCCAAAGAACGUUCCAUCAUCGAGCAGAUCGAAGCCGAAGGCCAAUACGCCGCACCCACCUUCGACCCAUGCUACGAAGAUCCCAGACCCGCUACUCAGUCGCCGGAUAUGAUGAAGCAAAUGGGAGGUGGUAAGGCUAUAAAUCGCAUGCCGAGUUUCCUCUCUGACCACAGCGAGACAACAGAGAACCUGCGAAAUGUCUAUCUUGGCACUAGGGGUAGUAUUCUCAGUCUUGCGCAAGUCCCUGAGGGUUCUGGUGAAGCUGAUAACGGCCGUAACACAGCCCUGGGCAGCCCAAGCUUGAGCGUUUUGAGUGAAAGCUCCUUUGUCAGCGUGUAUGGAUCUAAAGAACACGAUAACAGCGGCAUACAAGAUGUGGACGAGCCUCUUGCCCUUGAUGGUGCUGAUAGUCUUCCAGCUAAAGCUAGUACUAUCAAUAGGCCAAAGACAGCUUUUGUCAAGUCGCAUGUCUCACCUAACAGAUCAGCUCGAUCGAAUUCUCUUUCAACUCGUCAAGCGCAAUUUGAUUCGAUCAACAACGUAAUUGAGUACAACUCUCCUGCCCGAAAGGCUGAUCGCAACUACGCUCCGAAGAAGGUGGAAGAACGACCUCAAGCUCGGGAUAAGGAUGGAGCCGAUGUGUUCACUGGCCGUUCUGUUGUGCCCGCCACUCAUCGACGUACAAAGGAGGAGAAGCGCGAAUCACUCCGGAGAGUCAUUACGGAUGCUCCUGGUGGUGUCAGGUUACAUGACCAAAACCUACCACCAACGCCAGACACUAUCUCAACUUCGACCCUGCGACGGUUCCAGAAUUCGAGCGACACACUAUCCAAACAUCCCACAAUGCAGCGAAGCCACGGUGCUCUCUCAGAGACAUCUGAAAAUGAAGGAAGCAUGGGAAUGCAUUCGGGUGUUCAACUUCAGGAACCUAUGCGUGCAGUUAAGGCUUCGGCUCAUAUUAUCGACCUGAACAACAGAGCUUACGUCGAGAACCGAGGAAGGUCUAUCCAACGUCCCCGCUCGGCCGACGAAACAACUAUAUCGAACCGACGAGGAAAUGAUUGGGAUACCGAUACCGACGAUUCAGACGUCGAUUCCCUCGAUUCGAGCCUCGAUAUCUGGAUGCGCGAAAGCGCCAAGCCUAACAAGAAUGGUGGACGAACCUCGCCUGAUCUGUUCAGCUUUCCGUCGAGCGCAACUAAGGGCGGCUGGUCGAUGGAAGCAAUGUAUGGACCUGGAAGUGGCCAUAAUGGGGGUGCAAGCAUAGGCACCGACUCUGAAAUGAUUAGGAAUCUGUUCCCUGUUCAGCAGGAACUCUUCUCGGCCUCACUGCCUCCGCCACCUCCCAACAGACGAUCGAGUUUGAAUGCUCAGACAGUAGCACAGCUUAAGAUCUCGAACUCGAGCCGUCCGCCGGCCAAUCCGAAGGUCUCUAAGUCAGGCCGUAAGAAGGGACAUCAGAGGAGGAACAGCGACGACAUCCAGAUGAGAGCGGAAAUGCAGGCUCAAGCACCACCUGUUGGCGAACAGAAGAAGAACCAUUAUCCGCCCAUUGCGGGCCAGCCCGCUCAGAACAAGUUCGCAAAGUUCUUCCGUCGAUCGUCAACUACUGCUCCAUCCCCUACUCCAACUUCAGAGACUGGACCUACUGAACCACCCAGCAAUGGGGUAUCCUCGAGCGUUAAUGGCGCAUCAGGACUUCCACCAUGGAUCAGCCGGACAGGCGUGGCAGAUGAGGACCGCGACAGUGCGACACCACCACCAAUCAUGCGAAGCUCUCGCCAUGGUCGACAUACAUCGGUUGACGUGGGUGACGAUUCAAUCAUGAGCCAGGAGCCAGGUACCCCAGGUACACCAAGAAUGGACAGGGAUACUUCAGAGCAAGUAGAUAGCCCAAGAGCAGGAGGCAAGAGAAGGUGGUUCGGUCUUAAAAAUAAACAAGGCUAG